AGUCUCCGGUUCGUGUUGAUUUCAUUGCUCCGGGGGCUUUUAGCUGUGGCCCAGCGUGUGAGCCGGUACGUGUGGGUGUGCGAGAGCGAGAAUGUGUGUAGUCGCUGUGGGGAUGCUGUGUGCUAGGGUCGGGUGCUGCCUGACAGCGACUCCGGUACGAUACAGCAACAACAAAAAAACAGGUUCGAAUCUCGGAGCUUUCGUGGCGUGCGAUCAAUUUCAUCUGGCGAGAAGCGAAAUCUGGCACGGCGAGAGCGUCCCGGGUCGGGAGAGCCGAACGGUGUAAGCGAGAAGCGAGCACCGGAAAGCUCGGAAGCCGGAGCGAGAUGCCCAAGCCAAGCGCGGUCGUUCAGCGGUGAGCGAAAGCUCUCGGCACCGACACAGAGAGCCGGGCUCAGCGGCAGCAGGGCUCGCUCGUGCGUCUCCAUAUCGAUAUGCGUAGAAGAGCACAGGACGCUGGAUACGGCAGAACAACCGAACGAACGCUGGUGCGCGCGCGCUUACCCGAUAGUUUUGACACUGCUAGCGGCCGGAUUUUUCCCCGGACGCUUGUCUUUUCGGCCCGGUGUUUUUCCCGCACCGUAGCGGAGCUUUCCGAGAGGUCCUGUGGUUCUAGCGUGGUGUUAGUGUGACAAGGACUUUCCCACGGGAGUGUGAGUGCAGACGUGUGUGUGUGUGUGAGGGUGCUCGUGCUUGUGUGAGUGUUUGCAUUGAUAAGAAGGCGACGUUUGCGUAGGAGUAGUGUGAUACGGUACCGAAUCCGAAAUGAACAUUCAAGCCGAUUGACCAACUUCGUGUGCGUGCGUGUGAGUUUACAGAUGUGUUCGCAAACAGAACAAACAACAAAGCGUCAAAGAAUCCGAGCGUUGUAGAGUGGUUGAUUGAUAGCGGCCGUUUGAAGUUGACUGAUAACGCGUUGUAAGGUGUGUGUAUAUGUGUAUGUGUAUGUGUUUGCCGUUGUGUGCCAGCCUUUAAACCAACAGAAAGUGCCGCAGCGCUGUGUGCCGAGGGGUCAAAUGUUUGCCUAACUUACGGGGGUUUGUAUUUGUGAAGGUCGUACAGCAACGCUCGGCUAAGCCCAACCAGGCGAUCAGUGACCGUCGAUCGUUGCCAGCACAGGAAGCACCGUGGGCUAGAUGUUAGUGGAAGGUAUUGGUGCCACCGCCGUCAGGAACGUAUCGCCCGCCCCAGAACACAUUCCUGUACCGUCCGUGUGCGUGCUCGGGAUGGACCAGCAAUCGAACGAGUCGACAGCAGUGGCCGUGGCGGCUGCAGCAGCUGCCGCAGCCGCCGCCGCCACGAGCCGCUCGGGCACUUCCACCGGAACGCAGGCGGGUGACUUUGCGGCAGCGGCCGCUGUAGUGUUGUCGUUGCAGAACACAAUGGUUACCAGUCUGCAGCAAGCGGCUCUCAUGCCGGCGAACUCUGCCGCCGCGGCCGCCCUCAAUCUUCAAGCGCUCGAGUCCUACCUGACGUUGCAGAGGAUUACCAGCAAGUCGGAGGUGUUACGUCUAAGUUCUAGCGGUGGACAUGCGUCAUCUCACCAGCGUAAUCAACCCCUGCCUUCGAUGCCCAUAACUGGACCAGCUGCACAGACUUCUAACGAUUCUAGCUCCGCCGGCGGUGAUACGAUCGGGGAGGACAUGUUCAUGGACACAUCCGGACCCUCGAUGCUGUUGCAAAGCGGAGAGCUAGCGGACGAACUUCCCGUACUGGACCAGGAUGAAGAUCUCAACUUCGACGAUGCGGCCGACGACGCUUCCGACGGCAAUUCGCUCGACAAUGGCUAUCCGAGCCUACUACUCAACGCCGCCUUCCAUCACCAAAUGACGGCGGACAAAAUGAAAACCUUGGCAGCUGGCAGCGUCGGAACCGCAACCCCCGCGACUGUAAGCUCCGCCGCUUCGGGAAGUGUAAGCGCGAAAGAACCUCAAGCUCCAACGACGGCAGCAACGGCAGCACCCGGUGGUAGUGGCCAACGUCCCAAGAAGCAAUUUAUCUGCAAGUUCUGCAACCGACAGUUCACCAAGUCCUACAACCUGCUGAUCCACGAGCGCACACACACCGACGAGCGGCCGUACUCGUGCGACAUUUGCGGAAAAGCCUUCCGUCGCCAGGAUCACCUGCGCGACCACCGCUACAUUCAUUCGAAGGAGAAACCGUUCAAAUGUCUGGAAUGCGGAAAAGGAUUCUGCCAGUCGCGGACGCUCGCCGUGCACAAGAUCCUGCACAUGGAGGAAUCGCCGCACAAGUGUCCGGUGUGCAGCCGCAGCUUCAACCAGCGCUCGAAUCUCAAAACGCACCUGCUCACGCACACCGACAUCAAACCGUACCACUGUAUCGCCUGCGGCAAGGUAUUCCGACGGAAUUGUGACCUCCGGCGGCACAGCCUCACACACAAUCUCGGUGCGACCGGGACCGGCACUGGCGGUGGGUUCGAUCUGGCCGGUGCGGGCGCUUCGACUGCCGUCGGUCCGGAGGGCGGUGGCGAGAGCGAACCGGACGGAUGUGAGCUCAAGACGGUGGAUCUGAUGGCGCUGGCCGAUGUCGACUGAUGGGGGUGUGUGUGUGUGUGUGCGGCGUGGCGUCAAAGGAGCGUGAAAUGGUAUUGUUUUGGAAAAAUAACUGUAGAUCGAUAAGAAAAACCUGUGAAGAUCGUAUGUGAGUAAUUUAACAGUGACUGAUAGCGAUAGGGUUCGUCGCUUGUAGUUUGUAGGCUAGCAUUGAAGUCUUUCGUUACUUCGGAGGGAAUAUAGCUGAGGUCGUGAUAGAAUGUAAAAUAAAACUAAAUAUAAAAACCUGAACCGCACUGUUACUGUGUGCCUUCCUAGACAAGCUAAGCCAGGCCAGGCUUGGCUUGGACUGAUCUGUCGUUCUCUGAGAAUUAUUUCUUCCUUCCAAUAUGCAUUUGUAUGAGGUUAAUAGAGUUAGGGCAAAUCGUACGUUAGGAGCUGUUCCCGUUUAGUAUACAAUUAUGUCAGAACUGUAUGUACAAUGGAUGAACUAUAUUUUCGCUUAUUUUAUGGCGGACCAUGUUUGUGUUAAAGUAAAGUGAAAUAAUCGCUAAUUAGUCGUAAGGCAGCUAGCUGAUAUUAGCAAUACAUUCUCUCAAACAGAA